CAUCCUGUGACUGGCUGCACUGAGAUCAGCUGCAUGUCGACGGAUAUUGCUUUAAAAAAAUGCGAGUAAAGCCUUUAAAUGAACGGGGUGUCGUGUGUGUUUGGAGCAGCGUGAUGCGGCUUUGAGGCGGGCAGGCAGAGCCGUGGCACCUCGCCGACUUCUUUAGGCUCGGUAUGUCGGAUGAAGAUUCCCGUGCCAGCACCAGCUCUUCCUCCUCUUCAUCCUCAACUCAUCAUCAGCAGCAGCAGCAUCAGCAGCAGCAGGAGGCGAACCCCCCAAAGAAACGAGAGAGCAAGGCCAGCAUGAGCAAGACCUCCAAACUCCUCUCUACUAGUGCUAAAAGAAUUCAGAAGGAGCUGGCUGACAUUACGUUGGAUCCACCACCAAACUGCAGUGCUGGUCCUAAAGGAGACAACAUCUAUGAGUGGAGGUCGACCAUCCUGGGCCCUCCAGGCUCCGUGUACGAGGGAGGGGUGUUUUUCCUGGACAUUGCCUUCACACCAGACUACCCCUUCAAACCACCCAAGGUGACGUUCCGCACGAGGAUCUACCACUGUAACAUCAACAGUCAGGGGGUGAUCUGUCUGGACAUCCUGAAGGACAACUGGAGUCCUGCCCUCACCAUCUCCAAGGUCCUACUGUCUAUCUGCUCCCUGCUCACUGACUGCAACCCUGCCGACCCUCUGGUUGGAAGCAUCGCCACACAGUACACAACAAACAGACCUGAACACGACAGGAUAGCCAAACAGUGGACCAAACGCUACGCCACAUAAUCACCAGAGCAGCUGCUGGUUGGACGAGUUGGGGAUGUGGGGGCGUGAACUGGGGGUGGGGGGUGAUUUUUAUCUCAGAAUUGAAGUCUUAACUUCUGACAUUUGUUGUUUAUUGUAUUUUUUAAGUUAUCUCCGGCCCAACUAUAAUCAGAUUUGGCAAUAAUGCAUUUUGUGUUUUCUCCUUUUUUUUUUUUUUUUUUUUUUUUAAAGCUUGUGCUUGAAGAUGGACAUUAAUACUAAACUGCUAGAUGAAACGUGUCACAGCAUGAAUGCCAGUUAUGUCAGUGUAAAUUCUCACAUGCAUUAAAAGUUCCAGUUGGUGUUUGCUUCCCCCUCUGAGCUCCUGGUCUCUGAAAAGGUGUUUCACACAUGUAGACAUGUUUAGAUAGGGAUGGAUAUUGGUUGUGAUUUGUGUUCUAUACUGAUGAAAAGUCUGUUCUGUUUCUCCCUUAAAGACUUAAACACGACCAACUGAAGCAGUUUUUUCUUUUUUUUUUAGGUCAUAUAUUCACUUCGCUGCCAAAAUAAAGGUUUGGAGAGGAUU